AUGGCUUGGUUUGUGCUGAUGUUGGCCAUGCUGUGUGCAGCAUCUACAGCUAAGGACGCUAAGCAACCUCCAAAUAUUAUAUUUAUACUUGCAGAUGAUCUGGUAAGUUUAUUUUAUUUGAGCCUCUUCUAUAUCAGUGCUUUGACACUAUUACUUCUUGCUACAGCUGUAGGCCUCUACUUUGGGGUCAAAGUUCUAUCAUUUCUAAUGACUUUUGUAUCAGUUAACUUCCUGGCAAGUACAUGUACCCCUGGCCUUUAUCUGGACACAAUCUCAAGGGACGCCUCAAGGCUUGUCCUUUAAGAUCUUGAGAGAGCAAUAAGAAAUAAUACUAUGUGCUGAGAUGGUUUAGCAUCUAUCUUUAAUAAGGUAGUGUUACUGAACAGUUUACUGCUGGGAUUUGAUUAAAAAAAUUCAAACAGUUUAUUUUUAAUCCAUAUGAUCAUCAAUUCCUUUGAUAUACGGUAAUACCUAUAGCCUAAAAAAAAAGUCCCUUGAAUGGAGCUUCCUCAUAUAGGCCAUUAUUGGGAGUGCCCCCUCCCCAGACUAGUGUGUUUGCAGCUUUAUACAUGCAAAUGAAACCCAUUUGUGAUUAACUCAUCCACUCCUGAACUACCAUUUGCAUCCAUUCCCUCGUACAUAUUACUUGGGAUAUCAUCAUAUAUAUUAUAGGGAACUAAUUAACAUUAAGCUUGUGCAAACCAUAAUGGAAUGAGCAUGUUUCAGUCAAACAGGUCAGAUAAAAAAUGCAAACUACUUGGAGUUGGCCUGAAAAUAAUUCCUAAGAGAAGUCUUGCUGAACUUUCUACCCACUAUGACUUACACUUAAUUUCAUGUAAUCCUAGGAUCCUUAAAGUUUUCACAAAAACUUUUUCCAUGGAAGUGAAGCUUAGUGUGUACAGCAAAAGCAAAAAGAAAGAAGAAGAAAGGGAGUAAUUGAAAUGUUAAAGUCAAGACUGCAGUGUCACUUUUUCCCCCACAAAACUAUCUUGACAUUUUGUUAAAUCUGCCCAUGGACAGUCUUUGCAAGCUGAUAUGUAGCAUCAAGAACAGAAGGCUGCAUUAUAUAAAUGCUCAUUUUAUUAACAGCGUUUUGGGCAGUUUUGGUUUGUUUUGGCCAGACAGUGACCAAAAAUUAACCCAACUAGUUUGAAAUGGUGUUUUUGGGCAAAAUUUCUAGAAGCUAUGAGUUAAGCCCCAGUUUUCUAAGGGGGGACACCUUUGAACAUAAAACAACUGAAUCUGCCCUCAAAAUGCUGAAUAAGGAAAAAAAUGGUAAAAGGCAAAUUUUAGUUUAGUGUGUAUGCUUAUGGAUUUGUUGGGGAUUGGAGUGCAUGCAAACGAGCAACAAAGCUCCAUGAAAAAAAAUGGGGUAAAGUUAUAAUUUUUUUGCAAAAUAAAAACCAGCUAUGGCAGCCUAGUGAUAAAAUAAUUUUAUUUCACUAUUAUUUUGCUAACAAGUCUUUAUGUUUUCUGACUACUUUUAGGGGUGGGAUGAUGUAAGUUUUCAUGGCUCACCACAGAUCCCAACUCCAAACCUGGAUGGUCUGGCAAACAGUGGAAUCAUUCUGAAUAACUAUUAUGUGCAGCACAUAUGUACACCAACCCGCAGUGCUAUCAUGACUGGUCGAUACCCCAUCCACACAGGUGAGUGGUAAUGAAAUUUAAACAAAAAAUUAUAUGACCUGCGAUUUUUAUCAAGGUUAAAACUUACAGGGUGCAAAGAAAGUCGGUUUUACCGCUUGCCAUUUAGGCAAGUUGUUGCUAGUAUGUACUAGCCCAAGAGUCUUUUAAGUAGCCCAAAAAAAAUUUUUGAUGUGCAGCAUGAAUUGAAUUUCCCCCCAAACAUCUGGCUUGCCCUUUAGGCAAGUUAAGAACAGGAUUCACUAGCCCAAUUGCAAAAUCCACCAGCCACAGGCUAUCGGAAACAACUUUCUUUGCAUGCUGAAACUUCAUGUUUGUUACUAAGAUAAUGUUAGAUCGCUACCCUGAUUAGAGAAUGGGGUGCUCAUGUUUAACCCAUUGACCCAUUAAUGCUCAUGCAGGUUCAUUUUGCUUGUGCUGCUUGUGACAUCAUUAAUAACAAUAAACCACCGGUGAUAACUUUAAUGUCAAAACUUCUUUCUGGGGGAAGAAAUCUUUCAAACUAUAAUAUGAAUUAGCACUGUUGAAUCAAACAGAGAAAAGUGAGAAAAAUAAUAAUAGAAAGAAAUAAUAACAAUAAUAAUAAUAAUAAUAAUAAUAAUAAUAGUAAUAAAGUGGCUAAAUGUAAUUACACAAGACAAUGCUGGCCAGCAGUCUCUGUUACUUAUCGUAUGUAGGGCGGGCCUAGGGCUUUUUCAGGGCCCCAGUAUUUUUACAGCUGCACUCCUUCAGAGGUCAAGUCAUUUUGCAUGCAUGGCCUUUGCUUGUGCUUGUGUCAAAGCCUUCUUGCUCUCAGCCCUUCCCUCCCUCUGGGUGGGUCUUGAUAAGUAUCUGAAAACUUUCCACUGAGGUCCUUGGUGUGACGGUGCCUAGUGGUUGCCGCUCACAGGGUUCUCAUGGUUGCCUUCACGCUCGCUUGUGGCUCCCUGAGUUUACUCGGGCACCUUCCCCACACGCAUCUAUUGGCGAUGGGUGUAAAAUUAAUAAUAGUGCACAUUUCUAGAAAUAAUCCAGAAAUGUGACCCACACACUAACAAAAAGUGUUUCAAAUGAAACAAAGAAUGCACUAACACCUACCCAUACAUCAGAAAUUUGGUUAGCUGAAUUUAUCUACAGCUGUAUUUUAUUCUUUGCUUUUGUAUUACCACUGUUGUAUAUUUUAUGCUGCACAUAUGUAUGUCUCCAGGUAUGCAACAUAGUGUUAUUCAAAUAUCUCAACCCUAUGGACUUGGUUUGAAUGAGACUCUUUUGCCUCAGUAUCUUCAAAAGCUGGGAUAUGCCACACAUGCAGUUGGAAAGGUAUCUGGGGUUUUGGUUUUUGUAGUACAUACCCUCCAUGAUGAUUUGAACUUAGAAAGGUUAACAAUGAGUAAAGGUCCAGAAGAGUUCUGAUUCUGUCAGCUCUCUGAAUGAAUGCCACCUCAUUCUAUGAAAGGGUCACCUGGGGUACUUAGCAUUUACAUUAGAAAACUGGAAAUUCCGGUUGGAAAAGCAAAAGUCUCGUGCCAUUUUGUUUGGGAAGGUUCAGGAAACAUGGGCUGUGAUUUGAGGCAAUGCAGUUUUUCUACUCAUUUUAGUCUGUUCAGUAGAUUUGGAUUUGUGUUUUUUAUAGCGGGUUUUUCUCCUACCCCGUCAAAUUUUAUUCUAAUUUGCUUAUGCAAAAGUUUUCUACCCUGGUGGUUUGUCUGCACCCCUGGUGCUGGUCCCUUUUUUUGUUCAGUCAGUUACAUAUAAGACGGACACCUCACUGACACUUUUCAAACUUUCAGAGGAGACUUUAGAGGUGGUUUGGGUAGUUAAAAAUACAGUAAUGUGGAUAUCUAUAUAUCACUUUAAAUUUGAACUUGGGGAAGCAAAUUACAUAAGCAAAUGCAUGUACGGUACUUGACUCUUUGUUCCCUACCCUGGGUACCAGAGGUGUUUUUCUUGUAUGCAAGUCUCUGGCACCCAGGGUAUUAUUAAUAUUUUUGUUCCCCUGCGUGGAUCACAGUGUUCCAGUUUUUACAUUUUUCCCAAGUUUGAGAAUUACUGGCUGUGUUUUGGUUCUCGCCUCUUCCUCAAUAAAGAGAACACCUCUUAGACUCUAAGGGCACUUUCCUAAAGUCAGAACUGGCUGGCCUGAUCAUAUCCGGACCAGUCAUUUUGACAAUGAAAAGUGCUUUUUUUUCAGAGUUUUUGUUGAAACACCAUUUCCUUCAUGCAUGCUAUUUGGGAUCUGACUGGAUAGUUUGAUUAGAAGUGAAAUUCUCAUUAUGACUGGAAUGGUCUGGCCAGUCAGUUCUGACAAAUGGAAAGCACCUUAAGACUGACAGUUAGGACAGACAGCACUGUCCAUCUUUAAGUGGGUUGACUGUACAUGUCAUUUUGUGAGAGUUUAUGUGAACCCAUUACACAUUACACAUUACACAGAUGUUACCUCAUAACAGGUUGGUCCUGGAGGUUUUGUUUGCAUGUUCCUUUUCUCUAACGUUUUUUAUCAGUGGCACCUUGGAUUCUUUCAAACUGACUACACACCCACCAAGAGAGGAUUUGACUCUUUCUUUGGUUAUUGGGGUGGAAAAGAAGAUUAUUGGGAUCACUCAAACCUAGCAAUAUCCGGACAGGGUCUGGACUUUCGCAAUGGUACUGAGGUGAGUAAGCUUUAUAGAAGUUCUGUUGCUUCAAUAGAAAGGAAAUAGUAGACAAUAGACUAAAUAGCAGCAGGCUGAUUGGAUGGGGUGCGUAUUGGCCUAUAGUAUGGGACUCUUUUGUGUAUGAUAUCACUAUUUUGAUUGGCUGCUACAAGGUGGUGUGAGAAACUGGGUCAAAUUUUGCCCCCCCCCCCCCCCCCCACCCCCCCAAAAAAAAUUUUUUUUUUCAACACCCCCCCCCCCCUUUGGUGGUUCCCACCCCCGGUUUUUUUUUUUUUCCCACCCCCCCCCCCCCCCCGAGGGUGGGGGGGCUGUAACCCCCCCCCCCCCCCCCCCCCCCCUCCCCCGGGGGGUCCUUUCUCUCUCUCUUCUCUGCCUAAUAUUUCCAAUUAUUAAUUAUAUUUAUUUAAUUCAAAAAGAAAGAAAAAAUGAAACAAAUCACAAAAAUCAGGCGGGUGCUUUGAUGGGGUUGGUUUUUGGCUUUAGUUGGGGGCCUUUUUUUAUUUAAUAUUAACUUUUUUAAUGGCUGCUACAAGGGGGUGGGGAAAAAUGGGGCAAAAUUUUCCCCCCCCCCCCCCCCCAAGCAUUCCAAUAUAGCAUUUUUCGAUCGGCAACACCGCCCAGUCUGUGGUCUGCUACACAGCCGUUGUUUGUGUUGUCACGCAACGCUUCUCCCCAGAUGAGCGUUGCGUGACUAAUCCAGUCCCAAGCGCAGCCUCGAUAUCGCCAGUGGGUCUCUUUCCGUAUCCUUCUCUGAACGAUUAUUCCCCUUUUCUCAGGCCGUAAAGACAGAGUGGGGUCAGUACAGUACAGAGCUGUUUACAGAAAAAGCCGUGGAUAUUAUUCAGACGCAUGAUCCUUCUAAGCCGCUGUUUUUGUACCUUCCGUUCCAAGCAGUUCAUAGCGCAAACUUUAUUCAGCCGCUUCAAGCGCCCCCGAGUUUAAUCAAGAAGUUUUCUCAUAUUGAAGAUGAAAACAGAAGGAUUUUUGCUGCCAUGGUAUCUUCUCUUGAUCAGGGCGUAGGAAAGGUAAGGAAAACGAUAUGGAAGCCAACUUUAGCUUGUGUACAGCCGCCUCCUCUCCAUUUUUUUAGGGGAGGGGUCGGUUGUACAUGUAAUAAGGGAUUAAAGCCUAUUGUUAGUUACCAGAAGCAGUGACGGUGCGAGGCUUCGUUAACUGUGUCGGCGUGUGCGUUAAACUUAAUCGUCUUUCGAGGAACCAUGAAUUAGUAUCCACUGGAUAUUUACUAAGGAAACUAAUUGAGUUAUCCACUGGUUUAAAAAAUAUCCAGUGGAUAACGUUAUUCACCUUCUGAACAACUGGAGAUUGGCAGUUUACAAGGGCAAUCAGGGAGUGGAACACGAUGCCACUGAAAGAUGACUGACUAAUCACAAUAGUGGUGAGACUGGAUGGGAAACUUAUGUCACGUGGACGGAUUUCUCAUCACCGAUUGGUUGGUCUCCAAGAUGGCGUAGAAUGGUUCCAUCAUAGUAGAAAUUUGUGACGAAACGAUGGCGAAAAUGUGGCACAAACCAGUCGAAAUAUAUGGGGAAAAAUCUGAAGCGCGGAACAUGUGUAAAGUUGAAUGGUUCUCUCUGGUGUGACGUCACAUUUUUCCACUAUGUUGGAACCGAUCACGUCAGCUAGGGCGCGAUCCAUUCAAACAAAAUUCCAACCGGUCCGACCGGGAAAAGUGGUCCACCUCAAAAGGUGGACCCGUUUUUCCGAAACUUUUCCGGUUGGACCGAACCGAUCCAUUGAGUUUUGGACCGAAAUUUCCGGAAAUUUUGGUUGAAUGGAUCGCGCCCCUAUUUUCCUUAAUUCAGUCCUUCUAUUAUCCAUGAUCCGUGAAAUUCUGGAUUUCAAAUUUUAGCUCCUUGAACAUUCUGCCUUUGUAUCUACAAUUCCCUGAAGUCUUUUGAUAAUUUCUUAUCAGGUUGUUGAUGCACUUAAAGCCAGCGGUUUGUACAACAACUCAGUUAUUGUCUUCUCAACUGAUAACGGUGGUCCAGCAGCAGGAUUUGAUAUGAACAGCGCUUGUAACUUUCCUUUGAGGGGUAUCAAGCACACGCUUUGGGAAGGUGAGCAAAGCAAUGCCAGCGAGCGCGCGCUCAGUAUUUCCCACCGUCGCCAUCUUUGAUUGAAGGCCGAGGAAGAUUGGGAAGAGUAUGCCAUGGACCCUUUUGUUUUUUUGUUGUUGUUGUUUUUGUUGUUUUUGUUUUCUGUUUUUUCAAGUUUUGAUGAAGCGUAGCUAUAUCUUCUUUAGUUUUCAACAAAUCACUCUCAAACUUAGUGUCUUUAGUAAUUUUAUAAUUAAUGCGUUCUUUUUAGCCGUGUUGACGGAUUUUUUUGCUAAGUGGUCCCAGUCAAAAGUUGAAUAAACCGUGGAAGAGUCUAUCGCACGUACACCACAGCUAUGAGCUAUAGGCCCACAAAUAAAUUCAAGAAAGCUGGGAUUAAAUACAAAUAACAUAUUAUUCUGCCCGCUAACCCAUUAAACUUAUUUUUUUCCUUUAACUGACAACAGGAGGUGUCCGUGGUGCCGGGUUUAUGCACAGUCCGCUGAUUUCAAAAACAGCAGGCCGAGUGAGCAUGCAGUUGAUGCACGUGACAGAUUGGCUUCCUACACUGUAUUCUGCAGCAGGAGGAGAUAUUCAUGACCUGCGCAAUGUUGACGGCCUUGACAUGUGGGGUGCACUCGCUGAUGCUACCGUGUCGCCUCGGCUGGAAAUUCUUCACAACAUCGACCCGAUGACUGGUGCUGCAGCUUACCGGUUCAGAAACUGGAAACUGCUGGUUAAUAUAUGUAAGUAUAUCAAAGACUUUGUUUAUAUGGGAACUUAAGAAACAAAAAUGUCAACAAAGUAAUGGGUUGAGCGAUUAAAAUUGCAUUUGUUGCUGUGAGAAGACCCGACUGUCGUUUUAACAUGAUUUUUUUUAUUGUUAUUCUUUUUAUUUUAAGUCAUGUGUCCCUGGCCUAUUGGUGUUUUAUGGACGUCUUUUGUGUUUCUACCCAGACUGGUUUCUACCAUUGUAGGAAGCUAUUUCGAGGCUUAAAUCAAAUCCAUACCGCGUCAAAAAUUCGCUGGCUAUCCGAGAUAUUGAGAAUGUACUGCUUAUUUUCAUUGAAGUGCUUUUUGCCCUUUCUAACCUCACAGCUACCGCUUGGAGUGGAUGGUAUCCUCCUCCAGGAUUUGACACCUCAAAUCAAACUUCCAGAGCUGCAGCGUUGAAAAAUGCCGUCGUCACUUGUUCUAAGCCACCCAGUCCCCCAGUUAGUUGCACAAAAGAGGCAGGGCCUUGCUUAUUUGAUGUUGAAAACGAUCCUUGCGAGUAUGUCAACCAAGCAAAGAACAACCCCGAUGUUCUGAACCGAAUGCUGCAGUGGCUCGAGGAAUUCAAAAACACCAUGGUGCCUCCAAGAAACAAGCCAGUGGAUCCAAAAGCUAAUCCCAAUAAUUUCGGAGGCGUGUGGAGCCCUUGGAUGGAUUAGCACUAAUUUCCGCGUCUGCGAACAAUAGCUUGGUUUUUAACUGAAGGUGACAAAACCGAAUAGACAAAUAACGUAGUUUUCGGGUUUGUAUGAUUAAGAAAAAUGCGCGGAGUUGUUCUGAAAUUUCCAUUUCCGCACAAGAAGUCAGUUUUUUCGAAACUGGUAACUAUGAAUCAGGCGACCACUUGUGAUACCCAUAAGGUCCGAUAAGAAAGGCAAGUUUUUGGGUGUAUGCUAGAAAUCACACCGGCAGACCUGGUCAGACCUGGUCAUUGAGAAUAGUCUCUCUUAAGUUUAACUAUAAAUUUUAUUUAAUGUGGUUUAAAUUACAGCUAUGGGUGCAUUGGUUUUUGUCAGAUUACAACUUGAUCUAAAAAAGGACGAAGGAAAGAUGUUCCUAAAGUUGUAAAUCAAGACUUCAAUAAGGCAGGGAGAGGGGGGAGAAGGUUUUUCAUUAACCUCUCUACAUGUUGUUAAUAAAACAUUGAGCAUACAUCCUGUACCGAAUGGCGCUGACUUGCAGUUUAAGGGUUAAUACUACAUUUAUACCAAUAACACGUGCAUCACAGUAAAGAGAGACACCCUAACUUUGCACACUGAUCCAAAAACCGCAAUAACCUUUACAUGGCUUCGGAGCGUGAACCUGGGGUCAAUUUAAUAAAAUGUUUACAAGUGU